AUGGGUUGCUCUCAGGAGCUCCGUGAAUUUAAGUGUGGUACUGUGAUAGGUUGCCACCUAUGCAAUAGGUCCAUCCAUGACAUUUCCUUACUACUAAUUAUUUCAUGGUCAACAGUUAGUUGUAUAACAAAGUGGAAGCAACUGGGAACAACAGCAUCUCGGCCACGUAAAAGGACAGAGCAAGGUCAGCGCAUGCAGAAGAGCACAGCUGGGCCCCUUCGUUCCAGUGAAGGGAACUCUUAAGAUGUCAGCAUACCAAGACAUUUUGGAGAAUUUCAUGCUCCCAACUUUGUGGGAACAGUUUUGGGGAUGGCCCCUUC